AUGGCGGAAUUUCAGAAGUGGACGGUCACUGAGCCCUACAUCGACAUAGCAGGUACCCUUCUCGAGGGCCCCUUUCACGAUGAGGCCAGAAACGAGUUUCGCUUUGUCGACAUCUGGGAUCAGAAGUUGUACGUUCUGGAUUUAGCCAAGGGUCCGGAGUCUUUGAAAACAAUAGACACAGCUUCUCCUCUUGGAGUCACCGCCAAUAUUGCGAAUGGCGGUGAUGAUCACAAGGAUCAAAUAGUCGUAGCCGCCAAACACGGCUAUGCCCUUGCUGACCGCAACACUGGGGAACUGUCGUACCUCCGCAAGGCCUGGGACGACGAGAAGGAUCCGGAGAAACCUCAUCGAAUGCGUUUCAAUGACGGAGCCGUCGACAGUUAUGGGCGGUUCUGGGCCGGAUCGAUGAAUGACCCCAAAGUCCAGAAACCAACCAACGAGGGCGUCUUGUUCAGGCUGGACCCCGACCUGCAGUUGCAUCGUAUGGUCGAAGGGGUGUCCAUUCCCAACGGGAUUGGCUGGAACCCCAGAGACGAUACCAUGUACUUUACCGAUUCGCCUACGGCGAAGAUCUUCGCCUUUGACUUUGACGCCAGCACGGGAACCAUCAGUAACCGCAGAGUGCACUAUGAUGUUGGCGAGCCUAUGGAACCCGAUGGCUUCGCCAUCGAUGAGGAAGGAUGCAUCUGGAGCGCGAUUUACGGGGGCGGGAAGAUCAUCCGCAUCUCUCCGGAGGGCAAGCUUAUUGGCGAGAUCUCGUUCCCAACCAGGAACAUCACCUGUCCGACCUUUGUAGGGACGGAACUAUUUGUCACCACGGCCAAAGACGAUGUCAACGAUGAGCGGUUCCCAGAGUCUGUCCGUUAUGGCGGACGGGUCUAUCGAAUUGACGUGGGAGUUAGGGGAAAGCCGAAGAACGAGUUCCGGUUCCAGAAGUAG